AUGGUGUCAUUAGAGAACUAUGGUUGGAAAAUGGUGUUUCCAAGAUAUUCGAGGGCAAAACUGUCUCCGAGCCCCGCAGCAGCAGCGCCGAGCUAUGCGGCGAUGAAGGCGGAGGUUAAGAAGCUUGCAGCGGCUAUGCAGCAGGUUCCCUCCCACAAGCAGUCCGGAAUAAGGCUGGCAUCGGCAGCCAACAAGUACAACAUUCCUUCGAAAUACAACGUCGGCGUAUUCGCCAACUGUACAGUGCUACUACCGGGGGACGCCGCCCUGAAAGCCGCAAAGUCCAGAUUCAGUAUACUUAGACCCGAUCCCAUCUACGGCACCUCCAAAUUCGCCUGCAUUCGUGGAUUCUACACUUAUAAGCAGCUCCAGUCGCUCCCGCGGGUGCUGAUGCCGACCGCGCAGGGCAUUCCCGUGCGGAAAACGACGGCGAAAAACGACAAGGUGGUCGCGUUUAACCUGCGAGGCGGCACGCCGGCUACUAAGGUGACGGUGACCGUGGCGCAUAUCUACACUGGCCCGUAUUUCACGGUGGUGGGGACGGACAAGCUGCUCCUGCUGCCGUCCAUGGCCAUAGAAGAUGCGGAGGAGGACAAUUAG